AUGACGACAGCCAUCUUCCGACAUGUCUUUCUCGUAGUUCAGCUCAUAUUCAUAACUCAUGCUCAAAUCGCUGAAAUUGCUUCGUUGGCAUCUAGCAUUAUUGCACCUCAAAUAUUAGGCCCAGCAGCCCAAGGGGCAGCAUCCGCUGGUACCGGGGCACUUGGUGCCAUAGGAACGUUGUAUCAGCUGGCUCAAAACGCGUUACAAUUAACCGGUACAGGUGUCGGCAUAUUGAAUCAAGCGUCAGAAGGUAAAUGGUUCAGUUUAGCUGCCGAAAAUCUUCUAAACACCCAACGCGAAAUGCAAGAUAGACUCUUGACUGCCGGUGCUCUUCCCGGUCAAUUACCACGGCUCGGAAGUGGUCUUGGUGGAACAGGUUCACUGGGUGGUACGUUAACGCCGAAUCGAUUUCCGUCGCUUGGCGUCGAAGAGGCUGAAUUUAGUAAACUGGGUAAACAGUUCCCAGCACCUGAUCCAGAUGACUACGAUACUAAUGAACAAAAAAGCACAACGACAGAACACUCAAUAAUUGCCGUCACUCAUACUGAUCCGCCAUCAACUCAAAUUCCAACCGAAACCACAUCGCAAGAACCGAUAACGUUAUUCCCAGAUGAAAUAUUAGAAAAUAUAACUGAAACUAAAAUCGAACCGUCCAUAAAAGAGAACUCAAUCGCAAGCAGUGUGGAUGGUUCGUCUCGUCACGAUGAAGACGAAUAUUACGACGAAGUAACGAAAGAGUUCAGUGAAGACAAAGAACCUCAGCAAAUCAUCAAUGAGAACAAAUCCAUUGUUGGUAAAGCAUCGCAAAAAGGUAGCGCUGUUGAUAAGAAAAUACCAAAUCUGAAAAAAUUAGUCGAGUUACUUCGAGAAAGCAACCUGAAGGAUGCAGAUUUGGAGGAAUUAAUUCUGCAAUUAAAACGAAACGUCAGUCGGGUAAAGCCAGUAGUAGCACCAAAGCGUCAAUUUGCGACCAAUAAUGUUGAUAAGAAAUCAUUUCUACGGAGCUAUGAAAAACCGGAUGGACGAAAUUCCAAAGAGGAUUCUGAUCUGUUGAAAGUAUCCUCAACACGCACAUCUAAAGUAACGAUUGAUGCAGAAAACAUGAACAAAAAAGUGGGUUUGUUAACACUCAAUAAGCCACUUUUAUUCCGCAAAUUGAAAAGUCGUGCACGAAACAUGGACCGAUCAGUACCGAGGGCAGUGUCACCGUACCGAGCAUUCUCAAUUCGAUCACAACAGCGGUCGCUACCAUCCAGCAAACGUGUGUAUCCCCGCCGAACUGCUCCACCUAUCCUCGCAACACCUCCGCCUAUGGUAGACACCACUAGAGAAAUGCUAACUCCUACCGCUUAUAACCACCAGUCACCGUAUAACCCUUACGCUACACAAAUAAUGCAACAGCAGCAGCAACAACAAUUACUGCCACUCCAAACACCUUUUAACGAUUAUCGCAAUACCAAUCGGACUAGAAGCGCAUGGAACAUUGGUACCAAUGUCUUAUCGCCACCGCAGCCGUGGUUGAACAACGGUGCGCUUUUCGGAUUACCUUCUCUUCUAACGAAUCCACUAUCAGCACCCGCACUUGCUCAACCCUUCAAUCUGCUGCAAAGCCAGCCAAUACCUCAACAACUGCCAUUAUUACCAAUGCCUAACACAAAUGUUCAACUUCUUCCAUUGCUUCAACCUAUUCAGCCAUCAGUCUUUCCAGAUCACUUGAAAACCCUCUCUGCAGCAAAACCAUUCAGCACUAAUCAAAGCAAAUUUUCUUUGCAUCCCUUCGGGUAA